AUGGAAAAACCAGCAACAGUGGAAGAUUUAGACAUCAGUUUAGUUCCAAAACCGUUUCGAAAUCCGAACUAUAAAGCUCAGUCCAGAAGAAAUCGAAAUUUGAAGCAAACUUUGCAAAGUGACCCAAUUCAGAAUGAUCCCACUAAAUUGUCCUACAGUUCCAUAGAGGCACCCCCAAGCGUUCUUCCACAACCAAAAUAUUGCGAUGUUACAGGUUUGCCAGCUCCCUACACUGAUCCAAAGACACGUCUACGGUAUCACAAUAAAGAAAUUUAUGGCUUAAUUCGGGAACUACCAUCAGGUGUUGAUCAAGAAUAUCUUAAACUACGUUCUUCGGAUAUUGUUUUAAAAUACUUGGAGAUGAUAAAUAUCGGAGAUUAA